UUUUUUAAUUAGCUAAUCGCACUCGUUCAUUUUCUUCGAUUCUACGCUGACGCCAUUGAAGAAGCUCCGAAUUUCAAAGCUUUAUUAGAUCUUGCUUCAAAAACCCUAGAAUAUUCGCACAGAGACUGAGUCUUCGAUCUGAUCAUCAUCAUCAUCAGGGGCAUUGGGCGCGGCAGGAGUGAUGGGCAGGAAUGACUGUUUAUACCUUGAUUACUGGAUUAUGAAGUGUUGAUUUUUCCUACAAUUUUUAGGCGGGGGAAGCAUGAAUAUCGUGAAGGGUGUUGCCGACCUCAUACGAAGGACUUCCAGUGGCCAAGCUGCAGAGCCUGCUGCUUCAGGGUCACAGCCUCAGAGGUUCUCUCCUCCUGGUCCAAAAAUUCGAUUCAGUGAAGUCGGUAACGAGGCUGUUCUAAAUACUCUUUGGGAGAGAUAUGAGAAAGCCAUUGAUAAGGUGGAAAAGAAAAGGUCGUUUCAUGUUUUCCUCAAGCAAUUUCUGGUGGUGUACAAGAACUGGGAACCAGUUAACUAUGGCCAGUUGUCAGAGGAUGCUUCAACUACCAUCCAACCUGAAGAGUUUAUGUCAUAUUCCAAUGAUGUAGUUUUUGGCUGCUCUGCUGGCCAUCCUGCUGAAAUAAUAUCAGUUUUGACUGAAGAGAUCACAACAUUAACUUCUCUAGUCAACGAGUUAAACACCAGCAUGAUGCGAUCAACAACAGGCUCAUCUGGGGCUUCGACAAGCUUUAGUAUUACUUCUGAAGGAUUGCCUAUCUUGGAUGCUUUAACGAUUGUUACACGUUCACUGCAUAAUUGCAGAGUUUUUGGAUACUACGGUGGGAUUCAAAAGCUUACAGCAUUGAUGAAAGGUGCUGUUGUCCAACUUAAAACAAUAACCAGUGCACUUUCUGCUGAUGAAAGUUUAUCUAACUCUGCUGUAGAGAAGACUGGACUCCUGCAACAAAUUCUUGUAUAUGUGGUGUCAGUUAUAUAUAGUUUCAUUGAUUUAGAUUCAAAUGUAUAUGAGAAGGCUCAGUUGUACAGCAACAGUAUAGGUUUUGUUCCAAGUGGUGGCAAAUCUCCACUUGACUCCUCCAGUAAUCUGAAGGCUCCUUCUUAUGAAAUAAUGCUAUCUUGGCAUCAGAAGGCAGUUGUAUCUGUGAUGGAAGCUGGUGGCCUUAAUUGGUUAGUAGAGCUGUUACGUGUCAUCAGAAGGUUGAGCAUGAAAGAACAGUGGACAGAUAUAUCACUUCAGUAUUUGACCCUGAGAGUUCUUUGUUCAGCACUAUCUGAGAAUUCGCGGGGUCAAAAUCAUUUUAAAAGCAUUGGAGGACUUGAAGUUCUAUUGGAUGGUCUUGGAGUUCCAUCAAGUAAAGCUAUAACACAGAAGGAUUCCCUUUUCACUAAUGAAAAAUGUGAUGAAAACCCCUUGCUAGAAAUGUUCCAGCUCCAUGUUCUUUCUCUGGAAGUUCUAAGGGAGGCAGUCUUUGGAAAUUUGAACAACUUGCAGUUUUUGUGUGAAAAUGGAAGAGUUCAUAAAUUUGCAAAUAGCUUCUGCUCACCUGCUUUCAUGCUUCAAGAAUACAAACAACUGAGCAAUAAUUCUUCUGGGAAGCAUAAUAUUCAGGGGCCAGAUAUUGAUUUUAACAAUGAGAAUAAUAUGAAAGCUUGUACAUCAGAGCAUCUUGUUCCCCUUCCCACCAGUGCUUCUUAUUCUCAACUUUGGAAUGAUUAUAUUGCUAAGUUGGGCAGAGUACUUUGUUCUUUCCUUCUUGCUCCGGAACAUACAAGAUCUCAUAAUGUGCAAGUGUCAGCUGGUCGAGUUGCCAUGCCAGUUUCUUCAGUAUAUGGUGAACUUGCAAUUAAAUGGUUCAUGAGGGUUCUUCUUACUGUGUUCCCUUGCAUUAAGGCUUGUUCAAAUCAGAAUGAGUUGCCAAACCAUUUAAGGAUGUUUGUCAAUACUUUGCAGUGCUAUGUUCUACAAACGUUUAGGAAGGUUCUCGUUUCAUCAACCGUGUUGCUGGAAAUAUUUCGGGAAGAGGGGAUUUGGGACCUUAUCUUUUCUGAGAACUUUUUCUAUUUUGUGCCAGUUUCAGAGGAGUUUUCUGGAGAGUAUUGCACAUACAAUGAGGGGUCCCCAAGGAAGCCUGAAAUAUAUGCUACUUCCAGUAGUGUUGACAGUCAAGUGAAAUCUAGUGGGGUUGAAGUUCUGCAAAUGGAAAUAAUUUCAUUAGUGGAAUUUGCCGCAACUUCUAGUGGUAGUGCACAUAACUUGCCUGAAUCAUCUGCUUUGUUAGAUGCACUUGAACAAUGUGCUUGUAAUCCUGAGAUUGCUGGUGUUCUUGCCAAGAGUCUACUACACAUGAUACAGCUUGCAGCUGAGAAAACUGUUGCUUCUUUUAAGGCACUCAAUGCAAUUCCCCGGGUGCUUAAAGUUGUUUGCAUUCAAGCCCAAGAAUCUAGAAGGUCAGGAAAUAUGGGCCCUUCUAUUGAGGUUAAUUAUGCAGAAGCAACUCAAACUCUAAGUCAUCAGAAAUCUGAUUCACAUGAGAUAGCACAAAGUUGGAUUAAAUGCAUGGAAACAUCCAUGGAGCUCUUGACAGAAUUUCUCUUAAUAGCAGAUGAUGCAAGAAGUUUAGUUUUGCAUAGUUCCACAUGUAUUGAUUGUUUGUUUGAUCUAUUCUGGGAAGAAGGUUUAAGAAGCCGUGUACUUAAGCAUAUACUUGAGCUCAUGAAGAUAGUACCAUUCAGUGAGGAAAAUCAAAAAGCAAAGUUGCAGUUAUGCUCCAAAUUUCUAGAAACUUUUACUGAAAUAAAGGAACGAGGAAAAAAUUUUGCAGAUCUUUCCAUUGAUCUUUUAAUUGGAAUGAGAGAGAUGCUUCUGACUGAUCCAGUGUACUAUCAGGCUUUGUUCCGUGAUGGAGAGUGCUUUUUGCAUAUUGUGUCUUUAUUGAAUGGUAACCUUGACGAAGCAAAUAGUGAAAAGUUGGUUUUGAAUGUCCUCCAAACUCUGACCUGUCUGCUUGCGGGUAAUGAUGCCUCAAAGGCUGCAUUUAGAGCUCUUGCUGGCAAGGGUUACCAGACAUUGCAAAGUUUGCUGUUGGACUUUAGCCAAUGGCAUCCAGGAGAAGGGCUAAUGAAUACACUGCUUGAUAUGCUUGUAGAUGGAAAGUUUGAUGUAAAAUCAAGCCCCAUAAUAAAGAAUGAAGAUGUCAUCAUACUUUAUCUUUGUGUUCUACGGAAGAGCAGUGAGUCAUUGCGGCAUCAUGGGCUCAAUGUGUUUCAACAGCUGCUUAGGGAUUCCAUUUCUAAUCGAGCGUCUUGUGUCAGAGCAGGAAUGCUAAACUUUCUUCUUGAUUGGUUUUCUCUAGAAGAUACUGAUAAUGUCAUCUUGAAAAUUGCCCAGUUAAUUCAGGUCAUUGGUGGGCAUAGCAUAUCUGGGAAGGAUAUCCGCAAAAUCUUUGCCCUCCUCCGAAGUGAGAAAGUUGGGAGUAGGCAACAGUACAGCUCACUACUGUUGACCACUGUUUCGUCAAUGUUAAAUGAGAAGGGACCAACUUCCUUUUUUGAUCUCAAUGGGAAUAACUCUGGGAUCGUAAUUAGAACACCUCUCCAGUGGCCUCUCAAUAAGGGUUUUUCUUUUUCAUGUUGGCUUAGGGUAGAGAACUUCCCAAGGAGUGGAGCAAUGGGUCUUUUCAGUUUUCUUACAGAAAAUGGUAGGGGGUGUGUGGCUUUGGUUGCAAGGGACAAGCUUAUUUAUGAGACAUUAAAUCUGAAGCGACAAUGUGUCCCACUGCAUGUUAAUCUAGUUAGAAAAAAAUGGUAUUUUCUUUGUAUAACUCAUAGCAUUGGAAGAGCUUUUUCUGGGGGUAGCUUAUUGAGGUGUUAUGUGGAUGGUGAUCUAGUUUCAUCUGAAAGAUGCAGAUAUGCAAAAGUUAAUGAAUCAUUAACAAGUUGCACAAUUGGUGCAAAACUUAAUGUGCCUAUAUUUGAAGAAGAAAACACUUUGGAGUCGAUCAAAGAUUCAGUUCCUUUUCUUGGUCAGAUUGGUCCUAUUUAUUUGUUUAGUGAUGCCAUUUCUUCUGAGCAAGUCCGGGGUAUCUAUUCCCUUGGACCAAGCUAUAUGUAUUCCUUCCUUGAGAAUGAAGCAGCACCUUUUUAUGAUCACCCGUUGCCUAGUGGAAUUCUUGAUGCUAAAGAUGGUCUUGCAUCCAAAAUUAUCUUUGGACUCAAUGCGCAGGCAAGUGAUGGAAGGACAUUGUUUAAUGUUUCUCCAGUGUUUGAUCAUGCAAUGGAUAAGAACUCCUUUAAAGCGACUGUGAUGCCUGGCACACAAUUGUGUUCAAGACGCUUGCUGCAACAGAUAAUUUACUGUGUUGGCGGUGUAUCUGUGUUUUUUCCUCUAAUCACCCAGUCUAUUAAAUAUGAGAAUGAAGCAAGUGCACAAUUUGAACAUACAUUGCUGACACCUAUCACAAGAGAGCGUCUCAUAGCUGAGGUUAUUGAGAUAGUUGCUUCGGUCCUAGAUGAGAAUUUAGCAAAUCAGCAGCAGAUGCAUCUUCUUUCUGGAUUUUCUGUACUUGGAUUCUUGUUGCAAUCGGUUCCUCCACAGCAACUUAAUUUGGAAACACUUUCUGCUUUGAAACAUCUCUUUAAUGUUGUUGCAAACUCUGGCUUGGCAGAGCUGCUUGUCAAAGAUGCUAUAUCUAGCAUAUUUCUUAAUCCUCUUGUCUGGCUCUACACAUCUUACAAGGUUCAGCGUGAAUUGUACAUGUUUCUCAUCCAGCAAUUCGAUAAUGAUCCAAGGUUGCUUAAGAGUCUAUGUCGGCUCCCUCGUGUUCUUGAUAUGAUACGCCAAUUUUAUUGGGAUAAUGCAAAGUCUCGAUUUGCCAUUGGCAGCAAGCCUCUUCUGCAUCCCACAACCAAACAAGUUAUUGGAGAGAGACCUAGUCUAGAAGAAAUACAUAAAAUCCGCCUUCUAUUAUUAAGUCUUGGCGAAAUGAGCCUCAGGCAAAGUAUUUCAGCAGCAGAUACAAAAGCUCUCAUAGCUUUUUUUGAGACGAGUCAGGAUAUGUCAUGCAUUGAGGACGUUUUACACAUGGUUAUUCGUGCUGUUUCUCAGAAACCACUGCUUGCUCCCUUUCUUGAACAAGUUAAUACCAUUGCUGGCUGUCACAUUUUUGUAAAUCUUCUUCAGAGGGAAUCUGAGCCUAUUAGAUUGCUUAGCUUACAGUUUCUAGGAAGACUUUUGGUUGGUCUUCCAUCUGAGAAAAAGGGACCAAGGUUCUUCAAUCUAUCCGUUGGAAGAUCCAGAUCGCUUUCAGAGAACCCUAAGAAAAUCAGUUUAAGGAUGCAACCAAUUUUCUCAGCCAUGUCGGAUAGGUUGUUCAGGUUUCCACUGACAGAUAAUUUGUGUGCCACCUUGUUUGAUGUUCUUCUUGGUGGUGCUAGCCCCAAACAGGUGUUACAGAUGCAGAACCAGCUUGACAGGCAGAGAAGCAAGGGGCAUAACUCUCAUUUUUUUCUUCCUCAGAUAUUAGUACUCAUUUUCAGAUUCCUAUCAUGUUGUGAAGAUGUGCCUGCAAGAAUGAAAAUAAUCAGAGAUCUACUUGAUCUUCUUGAUUCAAAUCCUUCAAAUCUUGAAGCUUUUAUGGAAUAUGGGUGGAAUGCUUGGUUAAUGGCUUCUAUACAGCUGGAUGUGAUAAAAAACUACAAAGUUGAGUCACGAAAUCAAAGUGACAAUGAGAUAAAUGAACAGCGUCUUGUGAGGAACCUCUUUAGUGUUGUUCUUUGUUAUUAUAUGCAUUCUGUAAAAGGUGGCUGGCAGCAGUUGGAGGAGACGGUGAAUUUCCUUCUUGCAUACUUUGAGAAGGGAGGUGUUUCUUAUCAGUACUUGCUUCGUGAUAUAUAUGAUGAUUUGAUACGGAGCCUGAUGGACUUAUCUUCUGAGGAGAAUAUCUUUGUGUCUCAACCAUGUAGAGAUAAUACAUUAUAUCUACUAAGACUGGUUGAUGAGAUGCUUAGCUCCGAAAUCGAUCUUAAACUUCCGUUUCCAGCAAGUAGCGCUGAUUUUUCUCUGGACUCCUUAGAAUUAGAUUGUCACAAAGAUUUUAGCUCUGCUUUAUAUGAGAUUUUGCAGGAAGAGGUCGAUGACCAAAUAUCCAGAAAUCUACGGGGUGGCAAGCAGCCAAUCGCAAAUGAUGAUGAUGUUUUUGAUGAGAAGUGGUGGAAUCUAUUCGACAGUUUGUGGGUUAUUAUUAGUGAGAUGAAUGGUAAGGGACCAAGCAAAAUGUUACCUAAAUUUUCAUCAGCAGUGGGUCCGUCUUUUGGCCAAAGAGCACGUGGCUUAGUGGAAUCACUGAACAUUCCUGCUGCGGAGGUGGCUGCCGUUGUUGUAUCAGGAGGCAUAGGCAGUGCGUUGGGUGGAAAACAUAACAAAAAUGUUGAUAAGGCUAUGCUUUUACGAGGGGAGAGGUUCCCACGCAUUAUUUUUAGACUUGUAAUUCUAUACCUUUGCAAAUCUUCAUUGGAAAGAGCAUCACGGUGUGUCCAACAGGUCAUUUCACUUUUGCCAUGUCUUUUGGCUGCUGAUGAUGAGCAAAGCAAAAGCAGAUUGCAACUUUUCAUCUGGGCUUUGCUUGCUGUUAGGUUGCAGUUUGGAAUGUUAAAUGAAGGUGCUCGUUUUCAUGUUAUAUCACAUUUAAUUCGAGAAACCGUCAACUGUGGCAAAUCAUUGCUUGCUACUAGCAUUGUGGGCAGAGAUGACUCCACAGAUUUGGGCAGCAAUUCAAAAGAAACAGGAUCAAUUCACAACCUACUUCAAAAGGAUCGAGUCCUUACAGCAGUUGCUGAUGAGGCAAAAUAUAUGAAGACAUUAAAAACUGACCGUAGCAAGCAGUUGCAUGAGUUCAACACUAGGAUGGAUGAAACUUUCUCUUCAGAAUUGAAUAACAAGAAAGCUUUUGAAGAUGAGAUACAAAGUAGCUUGACUUCCAUUCUUGCUUCUGAUGAAAGCAGAAGAGCUGCAUUCCAGCUUACUUAUGAGGAGGAGCAGCAAAAUGUUGCUGAAAAAUGGAUACACAUGUUUCGUGCUUUGAUUGAUGAGAGAGGUCCAUGGUCUGCUAAUCCUUUUCCCAAUAAUGCUGUCACACAUUGGAAGCUUGACAAGACAGAAGAUACAUGGCGACGCAGAGCUAAACUAAGACAGAAUUAUCGUUUUGAUGAAAAGCUGUGCCAUCCUCCCUCCACUGCCCCUAGCGAUGAGGCGACUCUUCCUGCUAACGAAAACAAAUCUGGUUUUGUGGGCUUAAUUCCUGAACAAAUGAAGCGCUUUUUGCUGAAAGGGGUACGGAGGAUAACUGAUGAAGGGGGCUCGGAAUCCAAUGAUUAUGAUGCUGAACAAAGUGGACAUAAGGCCUCCAUCCCUAAGGAUCCUUCAGAUACUCAGGGCUCAGAGAUAAAAGACAGUAGUGACCUGAAGGAUGUUUUGCAAGACAUAAAAGAUUCUUCUUCCUCUUCACCAGAGACAGAAGCUAGUGAGGUUCUUUUGUCAGUUUCAUGCGUACUUGUUACCACAAAGAGAAAAUUAGCUGGCCAUUUGGCAGUCAUGAAAGAUGUCUUGCAUUUCUUUGGUGAAUUUUUGGUUGAUGGUACUGGAGGAUCAUCAGUUUUUAAGGACUUCCAUGCUUCAAGCAAUUCUGAUUUCACCAAGUCUGAUCAAAAGCAGAAGUUUCUAAAGUGGCCUAAUUUUGAUUUGGUACCUGAGAAGGGGAUCACAACUGAUAAUUCUGAUCCAAUAAAUGAAAAUGUGCAUCAGAAACAAUUAAAAAAUGUUAAGCGCCAUAGGAGGUGGAACUUAGGCAAGAUAAAAGCUGUCCACUGGACUCGCCAUUUGCUCAGAUACACCGCAAUAGAGAUUUUCUUCAGUGAUUCGGUUGCCCCUGUAUUUUUGAAUUUUGCAUCACAGAAGGAUGCAAAAGAUGUUGGAACCUUGAUAGUUACUACCAGAAAUGAGUAUUUGUUUCCGAAAGCAAGUAAUAGGGACAAGAGUGGAGCUAUUUCGUUUGUAGACAGACGUAUAGCCCUAGAGAUGGCAGAAACUGCGAGAGAAAGGUGGAGAAGAAGGGAGAUAACAAACUUUGAGUAUCUAAUGAUACUAAAUACACUUGCAGGAAGAUCUUAUAAUGAUUUAACGCAGUAUCCUGUCUUUCCUUGGAUCUUGGCUGAUUACUCCUCUGAGGUUCUUGACUUUAAUAAGUCAUCCACCUUUAGGGAUCUCUCAAAACCCGUUGGAGCACUGGAUUUGAAACGAUUUGAGGUGUUUGAAGAUAGAUACCGAAAUUUCAGUGAUCCUGAUAUACCCAGUUUCUACUAUGGGUCUCACUACGCAAGUAUGGGGAUUGUGCUUUAUUACCUUCUUCGAUUAGAACCGUUUACAUCUCUUCACCGUAAUCUGCAGGGUGGCAAAUUUGACCAUGCAGAUCGCCUAUUUCAAAGCGUUGAGGGCACAUAUCGGAACUGUCUUUCCAAUACGAGUGAUGUGAAGGAGUUGAUUCCUGAGUUCUUUUACAUGCCUGAUUUUCUUGUCAAUUCAAACUCUUAUCAUUUAGGAGUGAAACAAGAUGGCGAACCCAUAGGUGAUGUUUGUCUCCCUCCCUGGGCCAAGGGCUCUCCUGAGGAAUUUAUAAAUAGAAAUCGAGAGGCCCUUGAAAGUGAAUAUGUUAGCUCAAAUCUUCACCACUGGAUAGAUUUGGUGUUUGGUUACAAGCAGCGUGGAAAACCAGCAGUGGAGGCAGCAAAUAUCUUUUACUACCUGACUUAUGAAGGUGCUGUUGAUCUGGACACCAUGGAAGACGAUUUGCAAAGAGCAGCAAUUGAAGACCAAAUUGCAAAUUUUGGACAAACACCAAUCCAGAUUUUCCGUAAAAAACACCCUAGGAGAGGGCCUCCAAUUCCUAUUGCUCAUCCUUUGUACUUUGCACCUGAUUCUAUUAAUUUGACUUCCAUCGUUUGUAGUGCAAGUUCUCCACCAUCUGCUUUACUUUAUGUUGGUGUAUUGGACUCGAACAUUGUCCUUGUGAACCAGGGGCUGACCUUGUCAGUUAAGAUGUGGUUGACAACCCAACUACAAACUGGUGGAAAUUUCACCUUCUCUGCCUCCCAGGAUCCGUUCUUUGGAGUUGGUUCUGAUAUUCUUUCUCCUCGUAUAAUCGGGAGUCCGUUGGCUGAGAAUUUUGAACCUAGAGCACAAUGCUUCGCAACAAUGCAGACACCCUCUGAGAAUUUUUUGAUCUCAUGUGGCAAUUGGGAAAAUAGCUUUCAGGUUAUUUCCUUACAUGAUGGCAGAAUGGUGCAGAGCAUCCGACAGCAUAAGGAUGUGGUCAGCUGUGUUGCAGUGACAUCUGAUGGAAGCAUCCUUGCAACUGGAAGUUAUGACACUACAGUCAUGGUGUGGGAAGUUUCCCGUGGUAGAAGCCCAGAAAAGAGAGUGCGUAACUCAAAUACAGAGCUACCCCGUAAAGACUAUGUGAUUGUUGAAACUCCCUUCCAUAUUCUUUGUGGGCACGAUGAUGUGAUCACAUGCUUAUAUGUUAGCGUGGAGCUUGAUAUAAUUAUCAGUGGGUCAAAAGAUGGAACUUGUGUUUUCCAUACCCUAAGGGAGGGAAGAUACAUAAGAUCUCUACGCCAUCCUUCUGGCAGUGCAUUGUCAAAGCUUGUUGCCUCUCGGCAUGGGCGGAUCGUGCUUUAUGCUGAUGAUGAUCUCAGUUUGCACCUUUAUUCAAUUAAUGGAAAACAUAUUGCUGAAUCUGAAUCCAAUGGACGCCUCAACUGUGUGGAACUGAGUGAUUGCGGUGAAUUUCUGGUUUGUGCAGGUGACCAAGGGCAGAUAGUUGUACGCUCUAUGAACUCACUUGAGAUUAUAAAAAGGUAUAAUGGAGUUGGAAAGAUAAUAACAUCUCUAACAGUAACCUCAGAAGAAUGCUUCUUAGCUGGGACAAAAGAUGGAAACCUUCUUGUGUAUUCUAUAGAAAUUCCUCAACAUCGCAAAGCCAACAAUCCUCGACAUGCGAAAUCCAAAGUUUCUGGAACAGGAUAGAUCACUAGUGAACAGCAUAAGUCAGGAAGUUUUUAACCGGGGCUGAUCUAUUUUGUUAUUGCCAGGAGCGUCUACUAAAUAUUGUAGAAUGUUUGAGCCAUGUCCAUUACAUGUUGAGAUGUGAUGGCAAUGAAAGGAUGCACACAGUUCCGUCAGCAUUUUAAUUGAACAGUUUGGAAGUGUAUUCAAAUUUUACUUCACAAUGACAUAUACAGGACUCAAGCAAGCUCCAAGAUGAAUUUUUUUCUGACACCAUGGGAUGGGGAAACUGUACCUUUUAUAAAUUCAUUCUUCCAUUCAUCUCCAUCUUUAAAAAAGGUCAGCCUAGAAUCGGUGUUGACACAUACAUGUACAUUAAAAUAAUAGGUCAGAAUAGAAAUAUUGUGUAUUAAGAAUAGCAGUAUUCCUGCUCUUUUUCCUUCUUAAAAUAGUAAGUGUUAACCCUUCAAAACGUUGUAUAGAUGGCUCUGAUGACUUAUCUAAAACAACCGAAAAGAUGUAUAGAUAGGCUUUGAUGCCUUGCUAAAAAGCAUAAGGAAAUUUUUUUCCCUCAA